AUGGCGUUUUGGUGGCACCUCACCCAUGUUUUGGUGCCUCUAGUGGCUGCCACUGGUGAGACGUGGCACAUGGUUGACCUCGCGGCAGUGGUCUGUCCCAAGCCCACCAACCUCAAAGCGGGCGCAGAGACCUUGCCAGAGUACAACGUCGGCAUUGACAUGAGCGGGCUGAGCAAGGACAAGCCUCACAUUGUGAGUUUCGUCCGCGCCAGCGAUCAAGCGACGACGAUCACGUUCAAGAUCGAAGAUGCCAACGGAUUGAAUGUAGUGCCAGAAACUACAGUUACCCUUCAAGCGGUAAGCAGCAGUGUGCCCUCGGCUUGCCAGUGCACCAAUCCAUCCAUCCCCACAGCCGUAACCAGCACCUAUGGAGCUGGCUAUGGAUCAUCCUGCGCUGCAUGGGAUGAGCCCAAGUGUGGAGACCUUUGGGGCAACUUGACCGUGGGCGCUUGGUGCUGCCGACCUUGGUGCUAUGCAUCGAAAGAAUGUCCAGAUGCAUAUUCAAGUCAAGCGAUUCCGGGGCAGUUUUUUAGUUAUGCUGCGUGCAACGCAGUCGCCAGCUCAACACCAGCACCAUUAGAAUCGACGUGUAAGUGGGUAGGAGUGAAGAAGGCGAAUGAUCCAUGCGCGUGCAGGAAUGUGGGUUCUCUCUUCAACGCUGCCAUGAGAAACAAAUUCAGCAGCAACUAUGGCGAGAUGUGUGGAGCUUGGGAUAUGCCUAAUUGUGCCACCAAUUAUCGACCAGACCAGGUGGACACCUGGUGCUGCUCCAAUUGGUGCUAUGUUGACAAAGAGUGCCCAACUGCCAAAGACUCUUUGAAUGAUGGCAUGAAUGGCACCUUGUACUGGUCAGGCAAUGUGUGCCCAGAUGAUUCAGCUCUCAUGUUGCAGUGCCCCUAUUUCCCGCAGAAGAAUGUGUCGAAUACCACCGAAUCGAAUUGUACAUGCUUGGGUCAAACGGUACCAGAAGAGUACCUGAACUUGACAGCAAUGGGUCUCAACACGACAACCUACGCACAAUAUGGUGCGUUCUGCGGACCCCAUGAUUACCAAGAGUGUCACAUUCUAUAUCCGGGGGCUGAUAUGGCAAUGUGGUGCUGCUUAUCCUGGUGCUACGUACCUGAGAGUUGUGUCACAGGCCGCGGUUCCACUAUUUGGCCGGGGCACUACUUCUCCUACGACCAGUGUGAAAUGAAUCCGGAUGUGGUGUCGAAGUGUAAAUAUGACAAUGCAUGUGACUGCCGCGGAGUUUUGCCCAGCGGCAGCUUCAACAAUAUCGACAGCGGUGCAACGAUCCCCGCCAACUACGGCAGCCAAUGUGAUGCCUGGGACAACAAGAAUUGCAAAGAAAUGUGGAUUCAAAAUCCCAAUGCUGGUUGGAACACCACCGAUGACAAGGAAUGGUGCUGUGACUCGUGGUGCUAUGUCAACAACAGCUGCCCCAUUGCAAAGCAGUCGUGGUUUGGGAUUGAUUUCAAGUACAGCUACCAGACGUGUGACGAUAAUCCCGACUGGACAUAUCAGGCGUCCGGUGAUACCUGUGGGGCACAUCGUCGCCGCAGCAGCAACUUCCGUGAACUGGGAGGCAGCCACCCAAAGUCAAGGCUGUUUCCAGGCGAAGAGCCUGCAAGCCUGCGCGUCCUCUCUCUUCACGGGGCGGCCCAAGGUCGCCUGUCGGGGCGAAGGCGCAGUGGAUCGUGGAGCUCGUCCUCGUCCUCGUCCUAUUCGUCGCGGCGAAGGAGCUCCUACAGCAGCUACAGCAGUUACAGCAGCAGCAGCACCAGCAGGAGGCGCUCCCCGGUGGCCACCUCCACCCCCGCUCGCCGCCGCUCCUACUCGGCGCCCACCACCUCCACGCGCCGCCGCGCCACCGUGCCGUCGCCCCGGCGCCGCACCGCCCGGCGCCGCUCGCCGCCGGCGCCGCUGCCGGCGCCGGUGUCCACGCGGCGACGCACGUCCAGCAUCGACGGGAACACGUACACCACCUCCAGGCGCCGGGAGCCAACGGGCAGCACCUCCAGCACCGUGGGCCGCCGCCGCACCGCUCCGGCGACCGCCUACGGCUACUCCGACCGACCGUCGGUGAUGAGCAAUUUCGGCGACAAGAUGCCAUCAAAGACAAACUACGGAUAUUCGGGUUCCAAUGCUUUCUCUUCUGGCAGCAAGACGAAUGUCGCUAUGUAUGCAGCGGGUGGUGUUGCGGCUGGCGCAGUGAUGGGUGCUGGUGCCUACUAUGCAUACAACGAAAUGUACAACAACGAUAUUGGCUUCCACCGCCGCCGUCGAGUUGCCUCGCACUACAGAGACACACGAUGGUGCACGGUGACGGCAACGGGAAGUAGUCGCUAUGGAGCCUUUAUGGAAUGUCAACAAUGCUACGACUUGUACGGAUACUCCUAUUGCCCAUCCUCCAGUUCUUGCCAGACGGCUUCGGGCUGCGGUUACACCGCUCCAACCAAUUUCAACCGAGACGACUUGGCAGCCACCGGCUUUGUCCCAGCAAGCUAUACCUCUCCUUUGAAGGUCACCUUCACCACCAUCAGUGGAGCAGGCAUCGACACCGAUCCGGUGAGCGGCAUUUGCCCUCCCACCACAGCCGCGCAGGCGUCGCUGGUGGAUACGUUCAACAAGACGUGGGCCGUGACGCCCGACCUCUUCCUCGUGCUCACGGAGCAGGCCGUGCUCAGAUCUGGGUCCAAUUGUGACCGGGAUACAACAACGACCUGCUCUAGCAGCUCCAGCUGCUGGAUUGAGCAUAGUACAUGCGAGAGUGGAUCAUGCAAGUGUGAUUCCGGCUAUUGCUUCAACGGACAAACAUGUGCUGCCACUGCCAUUGGUGCCUCGUCACCUGUGGCAGUGUGGUGCCCGCUUGUGAUGGCCGUCAUCACGUUCUUUGCACUACGAGGCUGA